ACAUAACUGCAUCGUCUGACGGGUCUUUUUUUGAUAGCCCACGGAGAGAGCAUCGGAUCCACACUUAACGGCCACAGCAACCCAAGAUUUCUGCCGAAAGUAUCUCGUAAUACUAGUAUCCAUCCGUUCAUGUACUCCAUACGUGCAUAUAUAUACCAAAAUUCCGUCAUUCGUCAGUUCACGCUCGCCUCGGCCAACUCGAAUACUGAACAGUCACCAUUCAACCUCCAACAACUGAAAUGCCUAUUCCCACAGUUAAACUCGCCUCUGGCGCCUCGGUGCCCCAAGUCGGUUUCGGCCUUUGGAAAGUGCCCAACGACACCGCCUCGGAGAUCGUGUACAAGGCCAUUGAGAACGGCUACCGCCAUUUCGACGGUGCCUGUGACUAUGGCAACGAGAAGGAAGUCGGGCAAGGAUUCCGCAAAGCCAUCAAAGACGGCCUAGUCAAACGUGAAGACCUCUGGAUCACAUCGAAGCUGUGGGCGACGUUCCACGACCCAAAGCACGUCGAGGCCGCCGCGAAGAAGACCCUGUCCGACCUGGGCAUGGAUUAUCUGGACCUUUAUUUGAUCCAUUUCCCCCUGCCCUUACAGUACGUUGAUCCCGCAGAGCGAUACCCGCCCGGAUGGUCGAUCGCGGCAGAUAAAUGGGAAACCAAGACUGCUGACGUCCCUCUCGCCGAUACGUGGAAGGCGAUGGAAGCGCUGGUGGACCAGAAACUGGUCAAGAACAUCGGCGUUUGCAAUUUCCAGGGUGGCCUGCUGCUCGACCUGACUCGCUCGGCGAAGAUCAAGCCUGCGAUGCUGCAGAUCGAACAUCACCCCUACCUCGUCCAACCUCAACUCUUGGACCUCUGCAAAGACCUUGGCAUCGCCGUCACGGCUUACUCAAGCUUCGGUCCAGUGAGCUACCGUGAGAUUCAAAGUCCCAAGGCUGCCGGAACUCCUCUGCUGGCCGAAAAUGAGGUCAUCACCAAAAAUGCCGAAGCUCACUCCAAGACUUCCGCCCAGAUACUGCUUCGGUGGGCUGUGCAACGAGGCUUGCUCAUCAUCCCCAAGUCCAACAGUGACGAUAGACAGAAGCAAAAUCUCGAUCUCUUCAGUUUCGACCUCUCGGCAGAUCAAGUCGAAAGCAUCAGUGCCCUGGACAAGGGUCUUAGAUUCAACGAUCCGGGCGAUUAUUUGAACCCUCCUCAGCGGAUAUUUGCAUGAUCCGAAAACAGACAAGGGUCCAGUGGAUGAAGAGCCGCCGCAUUCAUUGGGUU